GAACCCAAAGAAGAAGAGGUCUGUUACGGCAUGGUCAAGACCCGCGUAAACUGCACACAAAUUCCUGCGCCGAAGCCGGGCGCAGACAGCAUGUGGGGGCCCAGAUAUCAGCCCAGCAUCAAGCUCAUGCUCAAAAGAGCGGCCGAUGAUCAUUCCUUGCGAAUUCCUGUGUGUGACCACACCAGAGAUAUUGUCGGACAAGUCGAUGUGUCCGCUAGCAGAGCAUUGGCGCCUUUGCUGGACUUCAAUAUCCGCAUCAGGACCGACUGUCGCAUCCCCCCGCAGCCCGCUACCCCGGGCGAAGAACCUGGUCAGCCUGUGUCGCGCUCCUACCGAUUUGAAAUCAUCUUGUAUGGGCCUUUCAAGUACGCAAAGAAUGUCGGAGCCAUCCUCGAGCGGUUUCAUUUCCGACUCCACAAGCCUUUCAUGCUUCCGAAAGGCAUGAAGUUCUGCAAUCCUCACGCUCCUGAUUAUGCGCGCAUCGCGAAGAAACAGUUGUCAAAAGCGAUUGCAAAACGUGAGGCAGACCGCUCUCGGAGCUCAAACUUCACCCCGAGAACUGUGGAGGAAGUCCGCUCGGAGGUCAUGGGGGUCUUCGAUUCACUGACCAGGAGUGACGAGCUACCAACCAUGACUCCCCCAAGAUCCAUUGUAACGCCUCUGCUUACCCAUCAGAAACAGGGGCUUUACUUCAUGGUGUCAAGAGAAAAUCCUCGCGAGAUGCAGCUGAAACAGAAGGGCAUGGUGUCGUUCUGGCGGACCAAGAUCAACCUGGAUAGGCAAAUCGUCUAUCACAAUGUCAUCACGGGCGAGAGCCAGCUCGCUCCACCUUUGGAUACCCGCGGCGGCAUACUGGCUGACAUGAUGGGUCUCGGCAAAACACUCAGCAUCUUGUCGCUCGUAGCAACCACCAUGAAUGAGGCACGACAGUUCCAGUACCUCCCGCCUGAGCAGCCGUCCGCGCCGGAACCCAGGCAGGCAAACCGUGACCUAAACGCGGCGCAGGCAACACUGGGCCUUACGCCCCUGACCCGCAACACCAAGUCGACCCUGAUCAUAUGCCCUCUUAGCACAAUCACCAACUGGGAGGAGCAGAUCAAACAGCACACAGCCACUGGUCAACUUUCCUACCAUAUCUACCACGGUCCCAACCGUAUCAAAGAUGUGGCGCGGCUGACUCAGUUCGACAUCGUCAUCACAACCUACGGCUCCGUCUCUAACGAGCUCAGUUCUCGCCGCAAGGCCAAGACGGGCAGCUUUCCCCUUGAAGAACUCGGCUGGUUCCGCAUCGUGCUAGACGAAGCACACAUGAUUCGGGAGCAGUCGACAAUGCAAUUCAAGGCUAUAGUCCGGCUUCAGGCCCAGAGGCGAUGGGCGGUAACUGGCACUCCGGUCCAAAACCGACUUGAUGAUUUUGCCGCCCUCUUAUCGUUCCUUCGCUUGGAGCCCUUCCACCACAAAGCUAAAUUUGUUCGUCAUAUCGUGGAGCCCUUCAAGGCUUGCAACCCCGACAUCGUGCCCAAGCUCCGCAUCCUUGUCGACACAGUCACACUUCGCCGCCUCAAAGACAAGAUUGACCUGCCUUCACGGGAGGACCUUAUUGUGAAACUCGACUUCAGCCCAGAGGAGCGUGUCAUAUAUGACCUAUUUGCUCGCAACGCCCAGGACAGAGUCAAGGUUCUGGCCGGAAACCCCACCUCUGGGGCUCUUGGCGGCAACACGUACAUCCAUAUUCUCAAAGCCAUCCUUCGCCUGCGCCUCCUCUGUGCACAUGGAAAAGACUUGCUGAACAAAGAAGACUUGGCUGCCCUGAGAGGCAUGUCCGCAGAUUUGGCCAUCGACAUUGAUGAGGACGAUGACCACGCCGAAGGCGCGCCGUUGUCCCAUCAGACAGCUCACGAGAUGUUCACGCUGAUGCAAGAUACUAACAAUGACGCGUGCAUACAAUGCAACAAGAAGAUUUCCCAGGAGCAAAACUCAAUGGACGCCGAGAAAGAGGACGAUACGCUAGGCUACAUGACGCCUUGCUUCCACGUGGUAUGUCAAUCGUGCAUCAGGAGCUUCAAGCAGCGAGCCAAGGCUGCCCUUCCGCCCGGUCAGCUUGCCGGCCCCUGCAUCGUUUGCAACGCCCAUGUCCGGUUCGGGUUUGUCAACAUCCGCCGUUCGGAUGUAGAGGGUGAACAUGACGGUAUUCUCAAACCCACCAGCAAAUCGGAGGAAGCUGCAGCAGACUUGGACAAGUAUGAUGGACCUCACACCAAGACCAAGGCCCUCCUUGAUGAUCUUCUCAAGUCCAAAGCCGCCAGCGAUGCCAAUCCCCAAGAACCCCCCUUCAAGUCUGUUGUUUUCUCAGGCUGGACGUCUCAUCUAGACCUGAUCGAGCUGGCGCUCAAGGAAGCAAAUAUCAAGUUCACCAGGCUUGAUGGCAGCAUGACACGACAGGCGCGUACUGCCGCUAUGGACACCUUCCGCGAAGAUCGCAACAUUCACGUCAUUCUUGUCUCCAUCACGGCUGGUGGGCUGGGCCUGAACUUAACCGCCGGCAACAACGUGUAUGUUAUGGAGCCACAGUACAACCCAGCGGCUGAAGCUCAAGCGGUCGAUCGUGUGCACCGCCUGGGUCAGAAACGCCCCGUGCGCACGAUCCGGUACAUUAUGCGCAACAGCUUUGAAGAGAAGAUGCUCGAGCUGCAAGACAAGAAGGUGAAGUUGGCGAGCCUCAGCAUGGACGGACAAAACAAAGCGCUGGACAAGGCUGAGGCUGCGAGACAGAAGCUCAUGGAUCUCCGCAGUCUUUUUAAAUAAGACUGCCUGUUACAAAGGCCGUACUACUAUCACGCAACGAAGUCACGAUUUUCACACGGCGUCUCUGCCGUUUCUGCGAUUUUCAUUCUUAUACACGAUAUAUUUGACAUAUUCAGUUGCAACACACUCGCGGGCUUUCCAUUCAGCAUCGCCCCCCUCACCUUUGAUCUGGCCUAUGCACUUACCUGGGAAGCAUCAUCCAACCACUGAUUCGUAUGCAACAGCUUUCUCUUUCCGUGGGUUUGUUCCUACAAUGCACCAGCGCCUCUCAAGGCUUGGGGCGGGGGGGGGGGGGG